UUCAUGUCAGACCUGAUGGAAGAGAGCGAGGAGAGUGAAGAACUGAUUGAAGUGGAGGAGGAGAGUGAAGAACUGAGAGAAGUGGAGGAGGAACAUCAUGUCAACCCUGGAGGAAAACAUUUGAGUCGCUCAAAGACUAAAAAGACAUUUUUAAAGAAAAGAAGAGCCAAUAAAUCUACGACCUGCACUCAGUGUGGAAAGAGUUUCACAACCAAACAAAGUCUUGUUCACAUGCGAAUUCAUACAGUCGAGAAGCCAUAUGUAUGCCAUCAAUGUGGGAAGAGUUUCUGUAAUUCAUCACAACUUAAGGGACACAUGUGGAUCCACACAGGAGAGAAGCCGUUCACAUGUGAUCAGUGUGGGAAGAGUUUCCCACAGAAAUCAAGUUUUAAAAUUCACACGAGGAUCCACAGCGGAGAGAGGCCGUUCACAUGUGAUCGAUGCGGCAAAACAUUCCUUUUCCAACAUCACCUGAAGAGACACCUGACAGUUCAUUCAAAGGAGAAGCCGUAUUCAUGUUCUGUGUGUGGAAAGAGUUUUUCUUGGCUGCAAUAUGUACAAACGCAUGAGAAAACUCACACUGGUGUGAAAGAGUACUUGUGCUUUGAGUGUGAGAAGACUUUUACUACAGCAAGCCAUUUAAAACAACACCAGAGAAUUCACACUGGAGAAAAACCUUACAAGUGUUCACACUGCGACAAGAGAUUCAAUCAGUUGACAGAUCUGAAAAGACAUGAGAGGAUCCUCACUGGAGAAAAACCUUACAAGUGUUCACACUGUGACAAGAGAUUCAGUGUGUCAGCAACUCUGAAAAAACAUGAGAGGAUCCACACUGGAGAGAAGACACACACGUGUGAUCAGUGCGGGAAAAGUUUCUCUAUUAAAACUAACCUGAAGCGACACCUGAAGAUCCACACAUAGGAGAAACCAGAUCAAUGCAGUCUGAAUGACGUGAACAAGAAUGGAAAAACUGAAGCCAAAAAAUCUGUCUCCUGCCCUCAGUAAAAAACACUUCACAUGUAAAUCAAGUCUGAAGAUUCACGUGAGAGUUCACACUGGGAAGAAGCGGCUCAAGCUUUUGCUCUGAAAUCACAUCAGCUUCUCAUUCUGAAGAAAGAGCAUUUAACUGUGAUCAGUGCGGGAAACAGUUUCAUUGGGCUUCAUUUCCAUAAUGACCAAAGCAAUCUGUCAGUUAGCGUCUGGUUUAAGACCUGCUUUUUUUGGGGUGGUAAAUAAUGGCGCAAACACCAGAACAUUGACAAGCACAAACCAUAGUAAAUCACCUUGCCUGAUUCAUUUAAAUACUCUCCUCCCAUAAUUGUUGCGUCUGAAAGGGAAACUCCUACAAAUGCAUAUGCAAUAAGGUCAGCCGCAAAAAUAACUGUGUCCAAGCCCUUUCAGCGCUAAUUUUUCACUGUUUGUCUUCAGUAAAUCCUGACAGUAGUUUUUUAAUGGCAGAAGAGGGUUUG